GGUGAAGAAACAGAUCAAGGAAAGAAGAGAAUCGAGAAACCCACUUGUCCACAGAGUGAAGCUGACUGCGCCGCACCAUGAAGACUCUGACCCUCCUCUCCAUCUGUGCCCUUCUGUCUGUGAGCUGCUCCAUGGGAGGUUUUGAGCCAGAUGUCGUCGUGGACCUUGCCGACGACACAGCGGUUGAUUCAGACGCCGCCGACCUCGCCGACGCCGACGUUGCUGACCCCGCUGACCUCGAUGACCUCGAUGACCAGGCUGACCCCGAUGACCCCGACGCAACUCCCGCAUCGCCAGCUUCGGAUUCUUCCUCAGACUCUUCUGCGUCUGACUCAAACUCCAGCUCCGACUCUACUUCCUCCUCCGAGUCCUCCGAAUCGUCCUCCUCCGAGUCCAACUCAGCAUCCGACUCUUCUUCCUCUUCUUCAUCCUCUUCAUCCGAGUCAGUCAGCGAGGAGGUCCCCACAGAGCCUGAGCCUGAGCCUGAGCCUGAGGUGAUCAUGAAGAGGGACCUGGCUGCCGUCCUCCUGAGGAGAAGAAGAGCUGCCCCAGCAGGAGACCUCUCGCCCCUGCAGCUGGAAAGCCUGAGGGAGGUGUGUGAGUUGAACGACGGCUGUGACGAGAUGGCCGAGACCGCCGGCAUCGUCGCCGCAUACGUCGCCUACUACGGAGCCGUCCCCUUCUAAGACGAAGGCCCCGCGGCCGGUUUACUGCGUCCUUCUGUAACAGAACAGUCCAGCAACUCCCCUCAAUCCAGACAAGGAGCAGACAAUUACCUAAAUCAAAUUGGAAAAAAGGUUUGGCCCCCGUUAUAGAUGGAGAUUAUUUGUGUACUAACCGCUGCACAGGUGACCGGCUCGAAUGGUCGUGCAGGAAAAGGCCCGUCCAGGCUUUCAGAGAGAGGCACAUGAAAGCGUGUGACAUGCAGUCGGUCACACAGGAUUCAUUUAUUCUCUCCGUCUGCAGUACGAUGCAAUGAAUGGUGCCACCAGUGAGGAUGUAGUGUAUGUUAAUGUAUUGUUAUUUGUUUAUGUUGUGCUUUAGUGUUACUUUAACUAAAAGUAGUUCUUCUAAAAAGUAGUGGAUGUAGUAAUGAGGUCCUGCACUUCCAGUAGCAGCAUAUUGAUAGUGGUAGCUACAGUGUGUGUACAUCAGUUAUCCAUAAUGACUGUAACCACUAAUGGCCUCUGGGUUUGAAAAUAAUAAAUUAUUUUGUAAUGUCAAA